AUGGCAGAAGAAAACCCUACUCAAGCUUGCACACUUGAUAGUAGUUUUACUGAUGAUGAUACUAGCAACAAACAAGAAAAAGGAUGGGCUGUUUUAAAGUCUUUGAAUCCUGCCUAUCCACACUAUACUCUAGAAAAGGAUGAAAUAGUAAUGGGAAGGCAAUCAAACUCUACUAUUCAUUUUAAUGAUUUAAAUGUCUCUGGAAAACAUUGUGUCAUUAAAAAAGAAGAAGGAACAGGACCAAUAAUAGCAUUUCUGUAUGAUCACAGCACAAAUGGAACAUAUGUAGAUGGAAUAAAGGUUGGUAAAGGACAAAGAUGUUUAUUAUCAAGUGGUCAAGAGAUUUCAUUGGUUCAGAGCAAAAAACAAGUUCAAGAAAAGAUAGCAUUUAUUUAUCAACCAUGUGACAAGGAAGACGAAGAGGAAGGUGGACCACAAUUAAAAUAUCAUCUUGGUGAUGUAUUGGGAAAUGGUAAUUUUGCAACCGUUAAACUUGCUGUCGAUAGAAAGACUGGAGCCAAGUAUGCAAUCAAGAUUAUUGACAAGAAAAAGUACUUUAUGAAUUCAUCAUCUAGAAAGGAUGCUCUAAUGGAUGAAGUUAAAAUUUUGGAAUCCCUCAACCAUAAUAAUAUCAUACACAUCCAAGAAGUUUUCAAUACUGAAAAGACAUUAUACCUUGUUUUAGAAUUAGUUGAAGGAGGAGAACUAUUAAAUGAUAUAUUAUCAGAUGAGAAUGGUUUUUAUAAAGAGGAAAAAGCAAAAAAACUAUUUCAACAGAUUGUCAAUGCAGUAAAGUAUCUUCAUGACCAAGGUAUUGCUCACAGAGAUCUCAAACCCGAAAAUAUAUUGUUGAAAUCGAAAAAAGUGGAUCUUGGUGAUCCAACCAGCAUCAAACUCAGUGAUUUUGGUUUGUCGAGGACUAUUAGUGAAGGUAGUUUUAUGAAGACAAUGUGUGGAACACCUCAAUAUUUGGCACCAGAGAUACUUAAUGGAAAUAAUGGCGCUGGUGGAUAUGGUAAAGAGGUUGAUUGUUGGAGUAUGGGCGCAAUACUUUAUGUAAUGCUAUGCGGAUAUCCCCCAUUCGACGAAUCUCGUGAUAUAUCAAUCUUUGAGCAAAUUAGAACUGCCGACUUUACUUUUCCACAUGAAGAUUGGAGCACAGUUUCUGAGGAGGCAAAGGAUUUAAUCAAAAGGUUAUUAAAUGUCCUUCCUUCUCAAAGAUACAACUGUGAGGAUAUUUUAAAGCAUCCAUGGUAUGAUAAUAAUAUUACUUUAAAAUCUUUGGUACAAAAAGAAUCGAUUCUUGAAGAAUCAAAGGUAUUGGGUAAAAGAAAAUCAGAAGAGAAUAUUAAACAACAACCAAAGGACCAAGAUAUUUUCCAAAGUGUUGAUUCAAUGGUUGAAAAGGAUAACAACUCAGAUUUAAAUGAUAAUCAUACUUUAAAGAAAUCAAAAUCAAAUAUUCAAUCUUCUCCUUUAAUACAACAGCAGCAGCAACCUCCAUCAUCCUCAAAUACCUCAACAUCAGAGGGUGAUGAUGAUACCGAUGAAGAAACUGAACAAAUUUAUGAUUUGAAACCAAUUUCUCCGAUUAAACAAAAGUCUUCAAAUAAUAUCAAUAGUACAUCAAAUGAUAAUGACAAUAAUAAUAAUAAUAAUAAUAAUAAUAAUAAUAAUAAUAAUAAUAAUAAUAAUAAUAAUAAUAAUAAUAAUAAUAUAAAUAAUAAUAAUAAUAAUCAAAAUAAUCAAAAUAAUAAUACAAUAUCACCUCCUCCUCCUACUAGUACUGUGGCAACACCAAAUAAUAAUAAUAAUCAAAAUAAUCAAAAUAAUAAUAAUGUAUUUUUAGUGCCAGCACCCAAACCAGUUUCACCAAUAUUAACUUCCAAUAAUAAUAGUAACCUUCCUGUUUGCAUGUAUGGCGAAAAGUGUUAUCGAAAGAACAAGCAACACUUUAAAGAAUACUCACAUCCUUCAGGCCACCCUUCGGCCAAUAAUUAA